UUUACGUUUAAUUAUUAUAAUUUUUAUAAAUUUAAGUGUUAAAUAUGUUAUAAUUCUAAUUUAAAUGUUUAAUAAAUUAAUAGCAACUAAUACAAAAUAUUCAGCCAUUUAUUUUAUAUAAUUUUAGGUUAUUCAUAAAUACUUAUAUAUUGGUUGUCUUUAUUGUUAAUUGAAACUAAUGGACAAUUAUUUUUUCAGAUGCCUCGAAGAGCAGUAUCAUCUAGAGGUAGAGGACAUAGCCAGCAGCUCUCUACGAAUGAAACAGAUGAGCCAAUACAGAUGCAAGAGGAAACACUGGAGCACACUCCAGCAGCAUUAGGGGGACAAGCAAACGCAUCAUCAUCAUCAUCAGUUCAAACUAGAGGUCCGAACUUGGGACAUCCUAUCCCAUCAAACCCGUCUGAUCGGCAAUUGAUCAGAUUGAAAGGAAAUGUCUUUUUAGAUUCCACAGUUACUAGAUCAAUCAGUAAUGACAUUAAGAUGCGCUACACUGCUCCAUGGAAAACUUGGUCAGAAAUACCUUUAAAGACAAAAGACGAGCUCUUCGGACUUUUUCGGAGUCGAUAUGUAUGGGAUGAGAGUGAAGAAGAUAUGAUUCGAACUGCUUGGGAAAAGGUAGGAAAAGAAAGACUGCGAGACAUUCUUAAUAGAGUUAGGAGUGAAUUGUUGCGUAAGCACAAGAAGACAGAUGUUGCUUAUCUAUACAAUUUAGGACCAGAUUGGAUGGAUGGAAAUUUCUGGAAGUAGUAAAGGGAGGGUUUAUGGUUUUGGAUCUUCUGAUAUUGCAAAAUCUGGAACUCCAACUACCUCUUUCUCAUGCACAUCAGCUCAUCCUGGAGCAAAUGCAAGAGCAAAUGCAAGAGCAAAUGCAAGAGCAAAUGCGAGUGCAGAUAGAAAAGCAAAUAAAAGAUCAGAUGAAAUCAUUGAAGAACAAAAAAAGAUCUUCACCGCAUAAUCCAACUGCAGAUUGUACUUCUCUAUCAGAUGGUUCAACAAAUUCAUAGAUUAGUUUUUAGUUUUAUGAACAUUGUUAAGUAUAAUUGAUUUAUUUUAAAUUUUAUGAUGAUUGUUAAGUAUUAU